AACACACACACUCUCUCUCCCGGCGAUGGAGAGUUUGGCUCUCCGUUCGCUCUCACUCUCCACUUCUUCAUCAGCCUCCUAUCUCUCUCUCCGCCGAUCUUCCUCCAAAUCAUUCUCGUUACUUCCACCGUUGAUUUCCGUACACUCACCCCCAACACUCCGAUCACUCUCCAUCUCCUCCCCUCGAUUCACUCUACGCGCCACCGCCUCUUCCUCGCCGGAGAAACCUCAAUCCCUUCCUUCUCCUUCUCCGCCGCAGCCGCAAGGAGCGAAGCUAAUUCCUCUCACAAUCUCCAUCUCAAUCGGCCUCAUCGUCAGAUUCUUAAUCCCAAGACCAGAACAAGUAACCUCACAAGGAUGGCAAUUACUCUCAAUCUUCCUCUUCACGAUCUCAGGUCUCGUCCUUGGUCCUCUUCCCGUAGGUGCUUGGGCUUUCAUUGGCUUAACCGCUUCUAUCGUCACCAAAACGCUUCCUUUCUCAACCGCUUUCGCCGCUUUUACCAAUGAGCUCAUUUGGCUAAUCGCUAUUUCUUUCUUCUUCGCUCGUGGUUUCAUUAAAACUGGUCUUGGCGACAGAAUCGCUACUUAUUUCGUGAAAUGGCUUGGGAAAAGCACUCUUGGUCUGUCUUAUGGUCUUGCGUUCUGUGAAACGCUUAUGGGUUUGAUAAUGCCGUCUACAAUGGCUAGAGCCGGUGGCGUUUUCUUGCCGGUGAUUAAAUCUUUGGCUCUUUCCGCCGGAAGUUAUCCCGGAGACCCAUCUUCCAGAAAAUUGGGUUCUUUUCUGAUUCAAACCCAAUUGCAGUGUUCAGGAGCUUCUGGUGCGAUUCUACUCACAUCAGCGGCACAAAACUUGCUAUGUCUCAAACUAGCUAGAGAAGUUGGUGUUGUAAUCUCGAAUCCAUGGAUCACUUGGUUUAAAGUCGCGAGUGUUCCUGCGUUUGUGUCUCUUCUUUGUACUCCUCUCAUUAUCUACAAGCUUAACCCUCCUGACCUGAAACACACACCAGAAGCUCCGGCUGCAGCUGCUAAGAAGCUCGAACGAUUAGGUCCCAUCACGAAAAACGAAUGGAUCAUGCUCGGCGCCAUGGCUUUCACCGUCUCUCUUUGGGUUUUCGGAGAGGCAAUAGGAAUAGCAAGUGUUGUGUCCGCGAUGAUAGGUCUGUCAACGCUUCUGCUGUUAGGAGUCAUAAACUGGGACGAUUGUCUCAGUGACAAAUCAGCUUGGGACUCACUCACUUGGUUUGCGGUUUUAAUUGGUAUGGCUGGACAGCUAACAAACCUCGGUGUUGUUGCUUGGAUGUCGGAUUGUGUAGCCAAACUGCUACAAUCUCUCUCCCUGACUUGGCCCGCAUCAUUCAUUAUUCUCCAGGCUUGUUAUCUCUUGAUCCAUUAUCUAUUUGCAAGCCAAACCGCUCACGCGGGAGCUCUCUAUCCCCCUUUCUUGGCGAUGCAAAUCGCUGCUGGAGUGCCGGGGGUUCUAGCAGCGCUUUGCUUGGCUUUCAACAACAAUCUCUCGGGUGCUUUGGCACAUUAUAGUGGGGGACCAGCUGCUUUAUAUUACGGAGCUGGGUAUGUAGAUCUGAGAGAUAUGUUUAGAGUCGGGUUCGUGAUGGCUCUUGUACAAGCGAUCAUCUGGGGAGGUGUUGGAUCUUUCUGGUGGAAAUUUUUGGGUCUCUACUGAACAUAUAGAAGUACCGAAACCACUCCCUGAGCAUUUGCCCCGAAACCAAACCCAGUCCAAACAAAUCCAUAAUUUCGGUUUUAAGGUAUGGACUCAAAAGUGUCUGGUAAUCGAUCUGAUUCGGGUUCACAUAGCCACAUACCAAUUGGUUUGUGUUAGUAUAUUAAGGAUGUAAACCGUAGAAGGUAUAACAAUAUAUCCUGUUUUCCUUC